CCCACAUUCGAAGGAAGAAUAACAAUGGUGACUAGGUAGAUCAUCAACCGUUUCUCGGACAAAUCACGGACAAAUACAGCUGGUGUAAUUAAGUGUACUUAAAGAUGUUUACUAUAUAGGCCUACGUAUUUCAGAUGUCUGUUGAGGCCAAGAUGAACAUGAGAUCGCUAUUACAUCGCUUAUGCCUGUGAUACAGGACCGUUUCGCUUAAUGGUCAUGGACAUUUAUAGACAUGCAAUCCUUUUAUUAAAGUAAAACUGGUCCGUGAUUAAACUAGAAUCAGAAAAUAUAGGUUAUUGAUGUUCUUCCGUAUUUGCGUCGUUCGCGAUACCUGCAUAUUCAUCAUCAUCACUCCUUAUUUGCAUAGCCUACUACUUUCGCUUCCUCAUCGGGAGACAGGAGUUGAUCAACUUGAUCACUUUCUGAAACAAACAUGACCAACAGCGUCGACGAUCAAACGCCGGUUUCGCGGAAAGAAGUGUUCGUUAAGUAUUUACAGUACUACGACAAAGUUAGUUCUGAAGGCGAUCUGAAAGUGUGUUCAGAGACACAGGUGACAGAUGAAGCCAGGCGCGUGCUGCUGUUGUCGGAGGAAGAGCCGCGGAAGAGAUUCAACACGCUGGACUUCUACGAGACUCUGUAUAAGUACGCGCAGUACAGAGACUGCCAGAGACACGUCCACGACUUUAGAAAAGCCGCCGAGUUACUGGAGAUGUUCUGUGUCAACCUGUUUUUGUUUCCGUGGAAGAAAGAGAUUAAAACAUUAAAGACAUUUACUGGACACUUUGUCUAUUACAUCAAGCCUGUACUGCCUUUUGCCAGGAGUAUUCUUCAGAUUAUCGGAUACUGCAUGGAAACAGACACUGAGUACAGACUGUCUGAAAAUUUUGACCCUGAGAAGGCCAAGAGUAUGGGAUUCGACCUGUUCCUUGCCAGGUUAGAGUGUGAGUAUCUUCUGGAACUCAUGAACCAGAGAUCACAUGUAGAAUGUCUGGAGAUCCUCCAUACAAGAGCUUCUCCUUUGACCUGCAGUGCUGGGGAAGACGUUUCAGAACCUAUAAAUGGCAUCUGUAAUCUAAAUGAGGAUGAUUAUGAGGAUGAUGGACAUGUUGAAGGUGGUUCACUGGUAAACCCAGGGGAACAACAGCAACAAGAAUCACUUAAAAGUCAUGAACCUCAAAAUCAGGAAGACGACAAGUCUCAAGACAGUACUAUAUCUGAUGUAGAAAGACCAUCCAGCUCAUUCAUGACUGAUGAUAAGUCUAUCUUGGAGAUGCGGGAGAACUACCCAGACCUGGCUAUCCGACAAAAGCCCAUUUUCCAAAAGUCUCAAAGAAUUAUGCAGCCUCUCAAGGCCCAGGAGUGGGCUGGAUACAAGGGCCACAAUGUAGGCCUGUUUCACGAGGUCAGUACUGACAUGAGUGGCCCCCAGUCCAUAACCAUACACAAUGAGACCACCCCAGGUCAUAGAAAGAUACACAUCUCAAACACACUUGUAGAGGCCCAGCCCUUAGAUGACAAACCGUUAGUGCUUCAAGUCGGGACACCGCUGCAAGGACGAAACCGUAAAGGCUCAACGGAUGACUGCCUGGUUGAACUCACUGAGCGAAUGGGGAAAAUGCACAUGAAGGACCUCAGUGCAGAUGAACCCCUUAAAUACCCCAUAGAGGAGACCGCACAGGCCCAGCCAUUCAGUGGACAUAAUGAGGUCAUCAAAACCCCACCCACAAAAUCCCCAGAUGGCAUGAGUCUGCCCAUCUUUUGCAGCCCAUCCCAGGAGCCAGUCUGCAGCAUUGCAGGUUGCGGGAGCUGUGCUGGAUCUGAUGGCGAUCUUGCACAGGACGACACUAUCAAAGAGCCUCCUCAGUCAAUAUACAUCCCUAAAGAAUGUACAACAGUGUUUGGACCACCAACUCACCACAGUCAGACUGCCAAUGAGGGCUCAAGCGCACACAAGAGUCCCACAUCUCAACAACCAGAAGACGAGCUAGACCAAACAUACGUGAUGGUUUAGAGACACAAAGUAUUCAAGGUUUUUCCUUAAUGCCAGAGAUUUUAAAGUGUGCUACAGUGUGACAGUGCAGUGAAUCUCGAAAUUAUAUCUUUGUUCUAGUAAUGUAUGAAGCAUUUUUAUUGAUAGCAAGUUUUUAAGUUAAUAAAGCCAAUUUCAGAAUAGCUUUGGUAUCUUACAAAUUCUGAAGGUAAUGGGAAGAAUGUCUGUGUGUGCCCUAACUUGUAUCAUAGAUUUUAAAGUGAAGGAUUCUUGCUGCUAUAAUUUUCAUGAACCCAGCUAACAUUUCAUGGUUUGUCCAUGGAUUCUGUCUGUCCUAUGUGAAUUAGCCCCAGUAGGGCCAAUAUCUCAAGCCCUUAUCAUACCUACAUUGGCCCCACCAUGAAAUGUUGUUUGGGAGCUUGCUUGAGUCAAAAUGAUUCUUAGAGCUUAAUUUUUAGAUACUGUGCCUUACUAAAUGUAGAGAGACUGCUAAAUGUGCACCUACUUGUCUUAAUGGAACAUUUGUUCUGCGGGAAUGUCUAACCUUGGAUUCAUGUAGGUUAAUGUAAGUGUUAAAAUAUGGUGUUCUGGUGAAUCUUAUACUGCCUGUUAUUGAAAGUAAUAAGGUGCAAACAUUUUUUGUAUUGAUCUUACAGUACUACUGAGGCUACAUUAGAGCAUGUCAUAAAAAUGAUGUGACUGUGGAUUUAAAAUGUAAUAAAAUCAAUAUUUUCAAAUA